CCGUCGUAGCGUGCGGUGAUUGGAUAGGCUGGCCGCUUGCUGGACUGAGCUCAGGAUCUAGCAUGGCGCUGACACUGCUACCCCGUGUGGAGCAGCUGUCAUCCCGGGUGAUCCGGGUUCUGGGCUGUAAUCCGGGGCCCAUGACACUGCAGGGCACCAACACGUACCUGGUGGGCACCGGCCGGAGGAGGAUCCUCAUAGACACGGGAGAGCCUGCGGUCCCAGAGUACAUCAGCUGCCUGAAUCAGGUUCUGCGGGAAUCCAGCACGGCUAUCCAGGAGGUCAUUGUCACCCACUGGCACCACGACCAUUCCGGUGGUAUCGCGGAUAUAUACAGGGAUGUUGUGACGGGGUCAGACCUCUGUGUUAGUAAACUUCCCCGCAAUCCACACAAAGAAGAGGUCAUCGGAACGGGCGAGCAGAAGUACAGCUAUCUUAAAGAUGGAGAUAUGAUAACAACAGAAGGAGCUACCCUGCAAGUUCUGUUUACACCGGGACAUACAGACGAUCACAUGGCUUUGCUUUUAUUGGAAGAAAAUGCCAUCUUCUCUGGCGACUGUAUCCUUGGAGAGGGGACAGCUGUGUUUGAGGAGCUGUAUGAUUAUAUGAAGUCCUUGCAAAGGCUGCUGGAUUUUAAGGCUGACAAGAUUUACCCAGGACAUGGCCCAGUUGUUCAAGGUGCAAUGGGCAAAAUUCAGGAGUAUAUCUCUCACAGACAGGCCCGGGAGCAGCAAAUCCUCCAAGCUCUGCAAGAGAAUUCAGGCAAAGCGCUGACUGCCAUGGAACUUGUUAAAAUUGUGUACAAGGAUACUCCAGAGUAUUUGCACGCAGCUGCAGAAAUCAACCUGACUCAUCAUUUACAGAAACUAAAGAAGGAAGAAAAGAUAGUAGAAGAACAAUCCCCCACUGUCCGAUGGAAAAGUCACUUGUGAACAGGAAACCGCAGGAUCUUGGGGAAAUCAAACUACUUUUGCAAAAUGCAUAACUGUGAUAAGCUAAUGACAGAUAUACAAAGGUCUUGUUGACUUUCGUUCUGAUUAGAAAAUUACUUUCAUUCUAUUAUAUUUCAUUGAAAAUUGACUUUAGCACAUUUUUGGAUAACUAAUUGUAAAUAAAGUAUAUUGAUGGUU